UUUCUUUUAAUUUUUUUCUACUACACCUAAGGUUAGAUAUUCACAAAUUCGUUUUUAUUCACUUCAGAUUUAGCAACCGGUGAAUCAUUGUACGAGGAGUUGAUAAAAAAAUACCCUGACUAUUUUUGUAUUCAUAUGGCAUAUUUGCAACUCAUCGAUCCUCUAGAUAAACGCAUCUUGCCUGGCAGUAAAAAGCAAACUACUUCAGUAGAUCUUCAGAAAGUUAUAACGAUUUGCACGAAUGUGAUUGGAAAUAUAAAUGAAGAAAGUAUUCUAGCUUAUAUUGCAACAAAGACUGAUUCCAGAAGUGAUGCAGCCAAAAUAAAGAGUACUAUGGAGCAACAUAGAAACGUGUAUCUAGAAUGUUUGUCGAGAAAAGGUAUAGCUUUAUGUCGUAUCAGAAUCUUGAAUGAAAAAGACGAAAAUAAAGACGAAAUAACUGCAAUUUGGAGAUCUGUAGUAAAAUUUGUUGAUCCCAACGAGACAAAGGGGUUGGCCAGUCAUAUCCUCUAUUUUUCCAUAUGGCAUGCCUUCAUUAAUAAACAAUACGGUAGGUUAACGAAAUUCAUUUUGAAAAUGCAGGAAGAUAAACCCAGCGAAGAAGUGGAGAAAAAACUCAUUGAAUAUUGUGAUAUGCUCAAGUGGACUCAUAUUGUUCAACAUCUCCAAAGAAGUAUGCCUUCAAAAUUUCCAAGUGCUUUCAGACCAUUCUAAACUGAAUUGCAUUACCAAUGAUUUUAUUAUUGUUGUGUUUUUGGGUUAUAAUUAAACAAGUGUUUAAUACUACUUGUUUAUUACUGUAGGAAAAUAUAUUCGGUCUGCGAUA